AGAAGAGAGAAUAGGGUAGGUUUAAUUUUCUGGUUUUCCCCACAAUGGCUUCGACGUUGGAACCUGGAAGCUCAUCGGCAAACAUUUAUUUACCGGAAGAGUGGUCGGAGGCUGCUGAUUCAAUAGCCUAUGAGUCUGUAACUUCUCCUCCUCCUUUGUCUUUAAUCUGUGGUGCCAAAAACUCCGGCAAAACUACUUUCUCCCGUCAUCUCCUUAAUGUUCUUCUCCAAAGGUAUGGAAAAGUAGCUUAUUUGGACACAGAUGUUGGGCAGUCUGAGUUCACGGUUCCAGGUUUUGUGUCGCUUACUGUUGUCGACAAAAUUACCCCAGAUUUGGCAAUUCCAUGCUUGAAGACACCUGAGAGGUGCUUUUAUUUUGGUGAUGUUUCAUCAAAAAGAAACCCGUCAACAUACUUGAAAUACAUAUGUGCUCUAUAUGAUUACUAUCGAGAGCAAUACAUGUUUGACAAGAGUGAAAAUGCUGGUAGGGCUGAAUUACCCCUUGUUGUCAAUACCCCUGGCUGGGUGAAAGGCAUUGGAUACGAAAUAUUGGUGGAUAUGUUGAGAUAUAUUUCUCCUACUCAUGUGGUUAAGAUAAACAUAUCUGCUGAGAGUAAGAAUCUUCCAGGUGGGACAUUCUGGUUAGAUGGUGAUUGUGAUGGGAUGGUUAAUGUUAUGGAGAUCAAGUCUGCUCACCGGGACUCCUUUAAUAGAUCGUUGCUUGUACAGAAGGAUGCUCGCCUUCUGCGAGAUUUAAGGAUCUUUGCUUAUUUCAGGCAAUGCUUUCCUAGUGACAAGCCUAUUACUACAAUCAAAGAACUUGCAUAUGCACUGGCUUCUCAUUCUCCAUACGAAGUUUCAAUAUCAAUUAUCAAAAUUAGACAUCUUCAUUGUCAGGUUCCAAGCAGUGAAACAUACUACAGUUUGAAUGCAACUAUUGUUGGCUUGGCUGUUAGUUCGGAGGAGUCUGAAGAUUUACCAUGGUGUGUUGGACUUGGAAUCGUGCGAGGAAUUGACACACUUAAAGGUGUACUUUAUGUGAUAACUCCUGUUCCACCGUGCACUCUGGAGAAGGUCAAUCUUUUCCUGCAGGGUUUUAUUCAGAUUCCUACUUGCUUGUUGCAGGUCAAGGGAUGCAGAUCACCUUACGUAACUUCAAAUGUUUUGUCGGAUAGGUUUUACUAACCAUACGAACAGUUUUCAUCGGAUAUCUGUUAUUGAUGUUUAUAGGCAGUGGCCAAUAUACAUUAGCUGUCUUCUGUAUUCAUUUUGAAGUGACAGAUGAGUCAAUUUUUGUA